AUGGACGUCGACGUCCAAGAGACGACCGCGGCACCAGCCACAGACAACCAGCUGCUUGUCAACGAGCUCGGAAGCGUCUUGGAGAGCGUCGCAGCCAGCCCAAACAAUGUCCGUCUGCUUCGCCACCAGGUCGACCUCAUGAUCGAUGUCGGCAUGGUCGACGAGGCAGCCGAUGCGGCCGACACGGUAUGCGACAUUGCCUUCUUGGGAGAGAAGCUCUGGCUCAAGCUCCUGGACGCAAAAGUCGCCAACUUGAUUCAACCAGUUGGGUUGGAAUCGUUUGCCGACGUCCUCGAGUUGUUUACCAAGGCGGAGCAGGAGUAUCUCUCUGCUGCUGUCCUUGCGCAACAUGCCCGGUUCCUUCUCCGCGUUGUCGACGGUCUCCCGGAGGACGACUCCAACCUCGCGGCCGAUCUCGAGGUGACCGAGUUCCUUUCCCCCGAGACUGUGAGAGAAAUGCUCAACAGCAUCGCCACACGUGCCAAUGGCCUCUUGGACCAGAGCCAAGCGUUGUGGCAGCUGUGGAUGGACUGGGAACUCCGUCUACUGGCAGCUGCCGACGGCGAGGAGAAGAAGGAGCAGAUGGCUCGUAUCCACGAAAUGUACCUCGAGCGCCUGGCUGUCCCCCAGGCUACCCUGGACGCGACCUCGAGCGCCUACUCGACCUUCCUUUCGGACCACUGCCCGGAGGAAUACGAGGCGCGCAUGAUCCAAAUCACCGAAGUGUCACAGCCGGCAAAGACCAAGUGGGCGACUGAGAGGAGGCACGGCAAGAUGCGUGCGGACUUUGAGGAGCAGCUGGCAUACAACCCCGAUAUGGGACACCAGGCGACAACCCUUCUCGCAUACAUUGACUGGGAGACCGACCCUCACGCUCGCAAGCCCAGGAGCAAGAACGCCCCUCGUACCGAUGUCACUCUCACCCGUGCCGUCUUUGAGCGUGCGGCCCUCGUGUACGGCAAUGCUGCUGCUACUGCCGAGGAGGCUUCCUUCAUCGAGGAGGCUGCCGCAGGCGAGGGCAACGGGCACAUGAUGGAGACGUAUGCGGCAUACAAGAUUGCCGAGGCCCUCGUGUGGGGUCGGUACGUGGACUGGCUGAAAGAGACUAUCAGCCAGGAAGAGGACCAGGACCCGGUUGUCGAGCUUGCUCGUCGCUCAACACGCGCGUGUCCGAUGAGCGGAGAGAUGUGGUCUCGCAUGCUGCAUGUCUUGGAAGCAGGUGCCGACGUUCUCGGUAUCGAGGCUACGGUCGAGAAGGCUCAGAACUUGAUUCUGGGAAACUCCCCCGCCGUGUCAUCGCUCGUGGAUGUGCUCUACACCCACGCAUCUGUUCUCCACAGGAGGUACCGCGAGCUCGAGUCGUCGCUGGACCACCCGGUCUUCCUGAAUCUUACUGCGGCUCUGCAGUUGGUGUCUGAAAACUUCAAGACGGGUGACCCCUCGUUGCGGCUGGAAAAGUUGUUCAUUUCAUGGGCCGAGGCUGUCGCAGCCGACUUGAUACCUGGCGUCAUCGCCGUCCUGGACGCGCCAGUCAAGUCUCGUGUGACCUCGUACCAGAUGGCGAUUCUGCGUGCCGACGUCCAGGCUCGCCAUGGCGACGUAGAGUCGGCCCGUGCAGUGUACACCAGUACUAUCACGCGUGCCGACCUCGACUGGCCAGAGGCAGUCUACGAGGCGUAUCUCAUGUUCGAGAAUGUCUACGGCACGCUCGCGGACGUGUACACCGCCGAACAGCGUAUACACCACGAGCAGCAAAAGGUCAACAGGCGACGUGAGAGGGCGGCGCAGGAGCAGGCUGCCCAGCAGGCCGCCGCCGCGGAGCAGUACCAGGCUGCUGUGGCUGCCCAGAUGGCAGCCGCCGCCCCCGCGGUCGAGCCCGCGGCUGAGGUCAUGGAUGUGGAGAGCAAUGCUCCACCUGCAACCGAGGCACCAGUCGUUACGGCCGCUGCGCCAGCUGCCACGACAAACGAGGAGCCAACAGACCGGGACGCCCACAUGAAGAGAGACCGUGAGAACACUACAAUCCUGGUCACGGGCUUGAAACGAGGCAUCGAGUCGGAGCGGGUCACGACAUUCUUUGAAACGUGUGGCCCAGUGCGUGAGACUACGGUGCUUCCCGGCGAUGAGACGGACGCGGCCAUGGUGGAGUUCCGCAACGCGGACGCCAUUCCUGCGGCCCUCGACAAGAACCAGAAGAAGAUGGACGGCGGUAGCGCCAUUCACGUGGCAAUGCUGUGGCGCGCCACCCUCUACGUCACCAACUUCCCCAAGGCCAUGGACGAUGCGUCGCUGCGCAAGCUCUUUGAACAGUACGGCAAGAUUCUCCAGACGCGCUGGCCGAGUCGCAAGUAUGCCGAUUCGCGCCGCUUCUGCUACAUCACCAUGGAGUCUCCUGCGGCUGCUCAAAACGCGCUCAUCCUGCACAACUUCAAGGUGGACGGCUCGGCGUUCCCCAUGCAGGUGCUCGUUUCGGACCCGUCUGCCAAGAAGAAGCGCAGCGACGCGUCCAACUCGACCCUGUUCGUCGGUGGCCUGAACGCAAAGACGACAGAAGCGGACGUGAAGCGCCUCUUCUCCGAGUACGGUUCCAUUGCAAACAUCAAGCUCGGAUGGGACAAUGCCAAGCGUAUCUGCAAGGGAUUUGCCUUUGUCGACAUGGCGACGUUGGACGAGGCCAAGGCCGCGCUUGCCGCCAACGGCAAGCCAUACCACGGCAAGGGCCUCAAGGUGGAGCUGAGCGACCCCAACUAUGCCAACAAGAAGCACGAGGGCGGCGCACAGGGCAAGGGUACCGCCGCGGCGCGUGCCGCCAUGGAACGCCGGGCGAGGCAGGUGUGUCUCUUCGACCUGCCUACGGGAACGCAGGAAGGUCUGCUGCAGCAGGCGCUCGAGAAGCUUGUGCCCGUCAAGCGUCUCGAGAUCUUUGAGCACAAGAAGGAGGCCGUUGUCGAGCUCGAGUCCCAGAACGACGCCGGUCUCCUGCUCAUGCGCACCGAGCCGUUCAUCUUCAACGGCGCCACGAUCCGCAUCGUGGACCAGAACGCCGCUGUCGAGCACAAGUCCAAGGAGCAGCACAAGCGUCCGGCCGGCGCGGCUAGCGGCAGCGGCACAGCCGUUGCCGCUGAAGGCAGCAGCAGGCAUGGCCCUCCCCUCAUCCCACAGUCGUCGCUCGCGUUCGCCCCGCGCGCACGCAAGGCUGCCAAACCCCUCGGCAAGGCGUACGUGACUCCCAAAGCCGCCAAGGCGAGCGCUGCUGCUGCGCCGGCGCCGGCGGCCGGGUCGGGCCAGGACGCGUUCCGCGCGUUCAUGACGGCCACGAACGAGCAGCGAAAGGACAAGCUCGAGGCCAAGGUCGCCGGUGUCGCUGGUGUCGCUGGCACGAAGCAUGCGUUGGAGCCCGAGGAGGACGGCAGUGGUGCGCCUGGGGAGGGCGGCGAGGAGAGGGAGGGAAGCGAGCCGAAGCGUGCCAAGAAGGAUUAG